AUGGCUGCCGCACACCCAUCGAUCCGCACGGAGCGGUUCGAAGUGGAUCAAUACGUGCGGGUGGAGCUCUCGGGCGGACGGGCGGAGAUCGGCGUUGUUGUUGCCCUCGACGAACCCAACGAGCGGGCAGUGAUCGCAACACGCAACGGGUACGAAAUCACCGUUAAUCUAAGCAGCGUGCGGCGGGCAUUCCUGUUGGUUCUAGACCUUAAUGGCGUUCUCGUUGCACGUGGGCGGGGAACUUUUGUGGAUCGCCCCGGAGUGGAUGAGUUUGUGCGAUUUGUGAUGAACAACUUUGUUGUGGCGGUGUGGACAAGUGGAUUAGAGCGCACCUCCAUCCCAAUCAUUGAAAAAAUCUUUGAUAACUAUCAAGAUAGACUUCUCUUCAAGUUUUACCGCAGCGAGUGUACAGAGCGACCAACUCCAGAGAAUUCCUACCGUACUAUAAAGAAUUUGCAGCGUAUUUUCGAUGCCUAUCCAAAGAGUUUUCAUGCUGUGAACACUAUCAUUGUUGAUGACUCACCAGACAAGUGCUCUCACCCAGAUAUUGCCCUUUGUCCUGUGCCAUUUAAUGACCCAAAGAAACAGGUCGACGACAAUGGUCUCGCAAUGGCGAUGGAGGUAUUAAAAGAGGUGCUGCGUGUUGAGUCACAUGCACCGCUGAUUCGAGCAAGUGAGGAGCGGCUGGCAGCGCUUGCCGCAAAGGAAGAACAAGAACGAAAAGAAAGGGAAGAAGAACAGCUGCAAGAAGAAUACCUUGUCAGUAACAACAAUAAUAAUAAUAAUAAUAACAACGCUAUUGGGUUGUCAAUAAAUAUGAAAGAUUUUUCAAUAUACGGGAAUACGAUGAAACAGGAAGGAACGUCUGAUACAUUUGUGGGGAAGCAGCGCUUAUGCUGUGAUAAUCUUUGUGGUAGAUGUACGCGUGAACAUUGUCGUUUCAGUCAUGAUCCAGACGAUGGGAAACGCCCUUGUUCAAAAAAGAAUUUCUGUCGUCGUGGUCACGCACAGCGGUGGACGGAUAAAUCAGAGCAUGAAGUGACAGCUGUAGAAACAACCACGCAAGAAUAUCCGAAGGGACCCAGUAACCCAGUUACGUUCGACGUAUCAAACAUAGUCUCGUUUUUUUCCACAAACCCUGAUCAACAGAAACAGCACCAAAAUCGUCAAUUUCAAGAUAAUCUUGCUGGAAUCAAUGUGUUAAAGCAGGAGGAACCUAAAAUUACACGGCAACACCAGGAUCCGAAACAGAAUCCAAAACAAGAAAAACAUAAAGAAAAAUAUAAACAGGAUAGACGGCAAAAAGAUGUAAGAGAUAGUGGCCACCAGUGGGAAGGAAAAAAUCUUUCUCUUGGAAAAGGUACCGAUCGUGAGAUAAAAGGAGGAGUCCAAUCGUUGGGUAUUGACCGUGGGUUAUUGCAUGACACCCCCGCAACAACAACAACAACAACAACUUCUUCUUCUGUGUCAGGAUCAACGGCCAGGCGAUUUACGGGAGACACUCGCGAUGGUGGUGCCCUUCUUCGUAAUCUUCAGGCCUCUCUGCUGGGCGGAACGAACAUAUCCGAGGCAAGCGCUAGUGGUGAGCCGAAUAGACGGAAAAACAGACGAUAG